CCCUUACCAGAAAUGUCAACAUUACUCGACUGGGAUGGCCCAACGCCUCCUUUGCCGGGCCCAGAUCCCAAUGAUCAUCUCCAGUACAUGCGCCUUGCCCUUGAUCAAGCGCAGGAAUCACCACCAAAGCCUUCAAACUUUCGAGUGGGUGCCUUAUUGGUCGAUGCAGAUACUGGCACAAUCCUAUCAAGAGGCUACACUCUAGAAUGCGAGGGUAAUACGCAUGCAGAGCAAUGCUGUCUUUUAAAGUUUGCCAAAGCACACAAUUUGCCAGAAGAACGGGUUGGCGAAACCCUUCCUCCAAACACCUCCAUCUAUACUACUAUGGAGCCUUGCAAUCUUCGACUAAGCGGCAACCUGCCAUGCGCAGACCGGAUCAUCAGAACCAAGGGGGCAAAUGGGGAGCAAAAAAUUAAGAGAGUCUACCUAGGCGUCAAGGAGCCAGAAAAGUUCGUUGGCGAGAACCAGGGAAGGAAGAAAUUGGAGGAAAAUGGUAUCGAAUGUAUUCAUGUACCUGGCCUGGAGGAUCGGAUAUUGGAAGUCGCUACCGCAGGCCAUGUGCAGUGAAUGAUUGUAUAUGAGAAUGUUCAAAUCUACGCGUGUAAUGCAUGAAAUCGGAUCUUCACAUGAUAUGAGCAAAUUUCAACGGGAAAGCGCCGAAGGGAAUCGAUCGAUACAAUCAUAGCUGCUCCAACAUUCAGAAGAUAUUAGGGCGCAGGUUGCAGUUCCCAAAAUCCCAAUAGCAGUAUAAUGCAAAUGUAUAAUCCCGCA